CAUGCGGCGGGCGCUGCUGCUCCUGUCCGCCGCCGCCUCGCUCUGCUCAGGUCUGAAAUGUGUGUGCCAGUUGUGUGAGCAUACAAACUUCACCUGCCAAACUGAAGGAGCAUGUUGGGCUUCAGUCAUGCUAACUAAUGGCAAAGAAGAGGUGAUAAAGUCAUGUGUAUCCCUACCAGAACUGAAUGCUCAAGUUUUCUGUCACAGUUCUAAAAACAUUACAAAAACAGAAUGCUGCUACACCGACUUCUGCAACAAUAUAACACUCCACCUGCCUAUAGCUUCAGAAUCUUCAAGCAGACCAAACCUAGGACCUGUGGUGUUGACAGUGAUAGUUACUGUGCCAGUUUGUAUCUUAUCUAUAGCUGUAAUGCUGAUUGUAUAUACAUGUCAAGGCCGUCAUUGUACAUUCGGAAAGAAGAAGCGACAAAAUAUUGAAGAACCUCUAUCUGAGUGCAACCUUGUAAACUCUGGAAAAACUCUUAAAGAUCUUAUUUAUGAUAUGACAACAUCUGGGUCUGGAUCUGGUUUACCUCUACUGGUCCAAAGAACAAUUGCAAGAACAAUUGUUCUUCAAGAAAUAGUAGGAAAAGGCCGAUUUGGUGAAGUCUGGCGUGGAAAAUGGUGUGGGGAAGAUGUAGCUGUGAAAAUCUUCUCCUCGAGGGAUGAAAGGUCUUGGUUUCGUGAGGCAGAAAUCUAUCAGACAAUUAUGCUGAGACAUGAAAACAUCCUGGGUUUCAUUGCUGCUGAUAACAAGGAUAACGGAACUUGGACUCAACUGUGGCUUGUAUCUGAAUACCAUGAGCAAGGCUCCUUAUUUGAUUAUUUAAACAGAAAUAUUGUCACCAUUGAUAGUCUGAUUAAGCUGGCACUUUCAAUAGCUAGUGGUCUAGCACACCUUCAUAUGGAGAUAGUUGGUACACAAGGCAAACCAGCUAUUGCACACAGAGAUCUGAAAUCUAAGAACGUCUUAGUGAAAAAAAAUGAAACCUGUGCCAUUGCAGAUUUAGGACUUGCUGUGAGACAUGAUGCUGUAUUGAACACAAUUGACAUACCUCAGAAUCCUAGAGUGGGAACAAAAAGGUACAUGGCUCCUGAAAUACUUGAUGAUGUAAUGAACAUCAGCAUCUUUGAGUCCUUCAAACGUGCAGACAUAUACUCUCUUGGUCUGGUGUACUGGGAGAUAUCACGAAGAUGCUCAAUUGGAGGAAUCAUUGAGGAGUACCAGUUGCCUUAUUAUGAUGUUGUGCCUUCGGAUCCCUCAAUAGAAGAUAUGAGAAGGGUAGUUUGUGAACAGAAACUUAGACCAAAUAUCCCAAACCAGUGGCAAAGUUGUGAGGCACUCCGAAUCAUGGGUAGAAUAAUGCGUGAGUGCUGGUAUGCUAAUGGGGCAGCUCGACUGACUGCGCUCCGCAUUAAGAAGACCAUUUCACAGCUCUGCGUACGUGAAGAUUCGAAAGCCUAAAUGGGUGAUUUGGGGGAAGGAAUCACUCUCCAUCUUUUUACAUGUGAUUUUUUUUUUUCUGUCUACCUCACAUAUAUACAGUGCAGUAUUUAAGUGCCCAAACCACAGCACUGAAAAACAACUUCAAAGUUGGCUACAACCAGCUGCAGCUUUUAGUUGGUUUUGCUGUUUUUAUAAAGCAAAUCACCAACUCAUGUUGGUUUUUAAAAUGCAAGUUGAUAUUAAGAGCUAUGAAACAACAUUCCAUAUUUAAACUAUUUUAUUAUUCUUAAGCUUUUUAUUCUAGUUAAAACCAAAAUACACUGUUGAGGGAAUGUAUGGGUUUAAAGACAGGUAUGCAAAAGAAACCAUAUAUGUUUUAGCCUCAAACCAAAAACAGGCCAAAUUCAUUGAGCUUUUUAGGUGUUUUCCCAUAGAAUCCUGUAGAAUAUAUUACAAUAAAGUGCAUUUAUAUGUUUUUAUAUUAUAUUUAUCAUUUAGUAACCAAACAAAUAAGAAUGUUCCACUGAAAAUUUAUACUGUGAAGCUAAAGUAAAC